CAACAUUCGAAUCAACACAACUAAGAACGAACAGAAUGACCCACCAAGUCCAAGGAACAGCCUUCAUCACCGGCGCCGCAUCAGGAAUCGCCGCCUCCACCGCGCACAACCUCUCCACCCACGGAAUCUCGAACCUCGCCCUCGCCGACAUCGACGAGUCCGGGCUCUCCAAGAUCGCUGCCGAACUCACCAGCACGCGCCCCGACCUCCGCGUACUCGUCCUACCCUUCGACGUCUCCUCCGAAGACUCCGUCACGAGCGCCAUCCGCAAAACAGCCCAUGAGUUCGGACGCAUCGAUAUCGGGGUGAAUUGCGCGGGGGUCGCGCAGCCUGUGGUGCCCACGCAUGAGACGUCGCGGGAGACCUGGAAUCGGGUGGUGGGGGUGAAUCAGACGGGGGUGUGGUUGUGUCAGAGGGAGUUGGUGAGGGUGAUGUUAGGGCAGGAACAUCUAGGUCCGCGGCUCGGUCGAGGGGUCAUUGUGAAUGUUUCUUCGUCGUUGGGCGUCACGGCGACGGACGUGGAGUCGCCGUUGAGUUGUUAUGUGUCUUCGAAGCAUGCGAUAGUAGGACUCACCAGAACCGACGGACGACACUACGCAAAAGACGGAAUCCGAAUCAACGCGCUCUGUCCGGGAUGGGUCGCAACCCCUCUGAUCCAGCCCGGCAUCGACGCCGGGAACUUCGUGCGCGACAUCGAAGCCCUUCCGAUCGGACGAGUCGGGCAGGUGGAGGAGAUCGCCGAUACGAUUCUGUACAUGGUGUCGCCGAUGAGUAGCUUCAUGGUGGGGGCUGCGUUGGUGGUGGAUGGGGGGUAUAGUCUUUGAUUUCUUUUCUUUAUUUGC